AUGUCUUUAUUCGGAUUAAAUGAUUUUUCACAAUUUGGAUUCGGUGUUAAUCCUUUUGGAAUAUUAACAAACAAUCCGGGAAACUUUACGAUGCAGCCACAACAAAGUUACGGAUCGAAUAACGGAUUUCAAAGAUCUAAGGAACCCAUUACAACAGGUUCGUCUGUUUUGGGUAUAAAAUUUAAUAACGGUGUAGUUAUUGCCGCAGAUACCUUAGGUUCUUACGGUACAUUAGCAAGAUUUCGUGAUUGUUCGAGAGUUUAUAAAGUCAAUAAAAAUAUAAUCAUCGGAGCCGGAGGUGAUUAUGCUGAUUUUCAAUAUUUAAAAGAGGUUAUUAACCAAAAAAUAAUCGAUGAAGAAUGUGUCGAUGAUGGAUUUUACAUGAAGCCGAAAGCUUUAUACCAUUGGCUAACGAGAGUUUUAUACACGAGACGUACACAAUUAGAUCCACUUUGGAGUAAUUACGUUAUAGGAGGAAUACAAGAUGGUGAACCAUUUUUAGGAACUGUUGAUAAACUCGGUACAGCUUUUCUCGACGAUCACGUUGCAACCGGUUUUGGUUCAUAUUUAGCCAUACCAAUUAUGAGAGACGAAUUAGAAAAACGUAAACAAGAUGGCGGUUUGACAGAAGAAGAAGCUGUUAAUUUAAUAUAUAAAUGCGUCGAAGUAUUAUAUUACAGGGAUGCUAAAUCAUGGCCUAAAUUUCAAAUAGGAAUCAUAACACCUAAUAAUGUAAGUGUUGAAGGACCAUUUGCAAUCGAAGGUUCAUGGGAUGUUGCCGCAUUGAUUCACGGAUAA